GCCUGCCUUCUCACGAGAUUCCUCUGCCGCCGUCGGAUGACGAGGGGGGAGACGCAAGGUCGUCGACUUUGCCGUUGGGAAGUGGGUCUACGCAGGAAUGGGCGGCGACGCAGUUGUGCGGAGGCGGGCGGGUGGAGACCCCGUGGACUUACACGUCGCGGUUGAUGCAGGCCUUGCAUCAACGUGGAACGGAGACAAUCACAAGAGGGGUGCAACGGCUCCACGUGGACGAAGGGGACGAAGCUGCUGCUGAGGAGGCCCGGGGGUGUGACAACGUUGACGGUGACGGCGAUUGCAACUCCGACGAUUUGCCAGACAUAAGGCCGCUGGGGAGGAAAGCGACGAAGGGUGGAGCGACUGCGAGGAAGGGUCCCGCUGCAAAAAGUCGACGGAAUAAGAAAAUGGAUGACGACACGGGCCGGAGCAAUGGCGAGGGCGGCCGAAAUUUCUGGUCGGUGGGAGACACGAUUGCACUCGUCAGGGCAAGAAGGGACCAAGAUCUGUAUAUCGCCGGCAUGGGCACUAGUUUCGCCCGCAUGAAAACGAGGGAGUGGAAGUGGGAGGAUGUGCGGGCGAGGUUGCAGUCGAUGGGCGUGACGAGGGAUGUUGUCGAUUGCGGGAAGAAAUGGGACAACUUGAUGCAGCAAUUCAAGAAGGUCCACAAGUUCCAGAACCUCUCCGGCGGGAAAGACUACUUCAAGCUUGCAUCGAAGGAGAGGCGGUCGGAGGGCUUCAGCUUCGUCAUGGACCGGAGCGUGUACGACGAAAUGGAGGCCAUGACGGAGGGGGAUCACACAAUCCACCCGAAAAAUUUGGCGGACACGGGGGCGGCCGGUGGGGUUCAGAUGCCGGCAGGCGCUGGGGCUGCAGGUGACACCAUGGGCAGUGAGGGUGGAGGGGACGCAGUCGAUGAGGAGCAGGGGUCGACGAGAGACUCCACAUUCAGCGCGGGGAGCGGCGGCGGUUAUGGGAAGAGGAAGAACAUGCGGCAACAAACCAUUGAGGUCGUCGCCGACGUCAUGGAUAAGCAUGAUGCGCUUAUGGCGAGCACAAUGGACAGCGCGAGCAAGCGACAAUGCUCGAUGAUGUCACGUCAAUGCGAUAUCUUGGAGAGCGAAGUGGAAGUGCAGAGGAAACAUUAUGCUGCGGCGGACGAGGCGAACAAAAUGAUGUCUGAAGCCCUUAUGGAGAUAGCAAAAGCCAUUCGCGAGAGAUCAUGACUGAUGCUGCCAGUAAUGUCCACCGUUGUUUUCCUGGCCUGUCUCUCCUGUCGUUGCGUCUGAGGAGAUGGCGACGUGUGUGUGUGUGUGUGUGUGUGU